UGGGUUAUUCAAACUUGUUUACAAAGUUUCAACCAUAAAGCAGAAAGAUUAAAGGCAAAAGAGUGUUCUGUUCUGUUUCAUCAGAAUUCAGAAUGGACGUGAAAGAACGACCACUGAAACUUUACUUCAUUCCAUACCUUGCCGCGGGUCACAUGAUCCCUCUAUGCGACAUAGCCCAGUUCUUCGCCUCACGUGGCCACCAUGUGACCAUCAUCACCACCCCUUCCAACGCCGAAAUCCUUCACCAGUCCAAAAACUUCCGCGUCCACACCUUCGACUUCCCUUCCGAAGAAGUAGGCCUCCCUGACGGCGUCGAAAACUUAUCCGCCGUCACCGACCUCGAAAAAUCCUACAGAAUCUACAUCGCCGCCACCACACUGCUCCGCGAACCCAUCGAGAGUUUCGUGGAGCGGGACCCACCGGACUGCAUAGUUGCCGAUUUCCUAUACUGCUGGGUGGAAGACUUGGCAAAAAAGCUCCGCAUACCGUGGCUUGUUUUCAACGGAUUCUCCCUCUUCUCCAUUUGCGCCAUGGAGUCCGUCAAAAAGCACCGCAUCGGCGAUGGUCCCUUCGUCAUUCCAGAUUUCCCCGACCACGUCACCAUCAAAUCAACCCCACCCAAGGACAUGCGAGAAUUCUUGGAACCCCUUCUCACGGCAGCGCUCAAGAGCAACGGCUUCAUCAUCAACAACUUCGCCGAGCUAGACGGUGAGGAGUACCUCCGCCACUACGAGAAAACCACGGGCCACAAGGCCUGGCACCUUGGCCCAGCGUCCCUCGUUCGGAGAACCGAGAUGGAGAAAGCAGAGAGGGGGCAAAAGAGCGUGGUGAGUACGCACGAGUGCCUGAGUUGGCUCGACUCGAAGCGAGUCAACUCGGUGGUGUACGUAAGUUUUGGGAGCCUCUGCUAUUUCCCGGAUAAGCAGCUUUACGAGAUAGCAUGCGGGAUGGAAGCGUCGGGUUAUGAAUUCAUAUGGGUGGUUCCGGAGAAGAAAGGGAAGGAAGAAGAGAGCGAGGAAGAGAAGGAGAAGUGGCUGCCAAAGGGGUUUGAAGAGAGGAAGAAGGGGAUGAUUAUCAAGGGGUGGGCCCCACAGGUGGUGAUUCUGGAGCACCCUGCGGUUGGUGCGUUUUUGACGCAUUGUGGGUGGAACUCCACGGUGGAGGCGGUGAGUGCUGGGGUUCCCAUGAUUACGUGGCCGGUGCACAGCGAUCAGUUCUACAACGAAAAGUUAAUAACUCAGGUGCGGGGUAUUGGGGUGGAGGUGGGUGCAGAGGAGUGGAACCUCAGUGCUUACUUCCAGACCCAGAAGCUGCUGCCCAGAGAUCGCAUAGAGAUGGCUGUGAGGACCCUCAUGGACGUUUCUGAUCAAGCCCUGCAAAUCAGACGCCAAGCGCAAAACUUUAGCAGAAUCGCAAGACAAGCUGUUCAAGUGGCAGGCUCAUCAUACAAUAAUUUAACAGCCUUGAUUCAUUAUGUAAAACGAUUCAGAGACUCUGCUGAGGGAUAAAAAAUAUCAAUUUUAAUGAAAUAAAAAUCAUAUAAUUCAA